CUUGCUCAUGUUUUGCCUUGGAUAGCCUAAGCUGAAGCUCCUGUCUGAAAAUGACCCAGCAGAUGCACAACCUGAGCCUGCUGCAGAGCAAGAAGGGCAGCAUGCCGUCCUCUCCAAACGCUGCCAAGCGCCUCUACCGCAACCUCUCCGAGAAGCUCAAGGGCAGCCACACCUCCUUCGAUGAAGCCUACUUCAGAGCUCGCUCCGACCGCCUCAGCCUCCGCAAGACCUCCAUGAAUUUCCAGUGCAAUGAAGCUAUGUUUGAGGCUGUAGAACAGCAAGAUCUGGAUGCUGUUCAGAUUCUUCUCUAUCAAUACACCCUGGAGGAACUGGACCUGAACACACCAAACAGUGAGGGACUGACUCCUCUGGAUAUUGCCAUCUUGACCAACAACGUCCCCAUUGCUAGGACACUUCUGCACGUUGGGGCCAAGGAAAGUCCACACUUUGUGAACAUGGAGAGCAGGUCAGCGCAUCUGAGUACAUUGGUCCAGGAAGCAGAGCAGCGAGUCAGUGAAUUGUCAGCACAAGUGAUGAAUGAAAACCCUGGCACAGACAACACAGAAAAGGAGAAGCAGCUGAAGGCAUGGGAGUGGAGAUCCAGGCUGUACAAGCGCAUGAGGGCAGGCUACGAGCAUGCCAGAGCCCCUGAGGCGCCAACCAACGUCUGUGUCAUGGUAACAAGCAGUACAUCACUCACUGUCACCUUCCAAGAACCUCUGAGUGUCAACUCAGCUGUGGUGACCAAGUAUAAAGUGGAAUGGAGCUCCUCAGAAGACUUUUCUCCUUUGGCUGGUGAAAUAAUUAUGGAUAAUCUUCAGUCUUUGAGGUGCACCAUCACAGGGCUCAGAACGGGCCAGAGGUAUUAUGUCCACGUUUCAGCAUACAACAUGAGAGGAUGGGGACCUCCACGCAAAUCUACUCCUGAGUGUGCUUCUCCUUCAAACUGGAAAGACUGCAGUGGAAGAGAACCUCGGCACAGGGGACACACUGAGGCCCUGGAACGCCUCCUUCAGCAGGUUCGAGCAGCUCAUCAGCAUUAUAAUUGCAGAGAAAGCUCGAAAUUACAGAAUGCUGGUCGCAAGCAAUCAGUUUCCAGAAGCCUGAAGCACCUUUUCCACUCAUCAAACAAGUUUGUGAAGACUCUGAAACGGGGACUCUACUUAUCUGUUAUAUUUUUUUACAAAGACAAUUUGUUAGUCACCAAUGAAGAUCAAAUCCCAAUCGUGGAAAUUGAUGACUCGCACAGCAGUUCGGUCAUGCAGGAUUUCCUGUGGUUCACAAAGUUGUCCUGCAUGUGGGACGACAUCAGAUGGCUCAGGCAGAACAUGUCUAUAUCUGUGUCCUCAUCAACAGCACUUCAGGCCAGGCAGAAGAUGCUUUCAGCAGCAGCACAGCUACAGAAUUUGCUGGGAACUCACAACCUAGGCAGAGUUUUCUAUGAGCCCAUCAAGGACCGGCAUGGCAAUAUGCUGAUAGUCACUAUCAGAGAAGUGGAGAGCCUCUAUUCCUUCUUUAACGGCAAAUGGAUGCAGGUAUCCAAACUCCAAAGCCAGAGGAAAUCCCUUUCAACUCCAGAGGAGCCAACAGCACUAGACAUCUUGCUUAUAACAAUUCAGGACAUACUUUCCUAUCACAAACGAAGUCAGCAGCGCCUCCCUCCAGGCUUGUACCUGGGUUACCUUAAACUCUGCAGCUCUGUGGACCAAAUCAAAGUGCUGGUGCUGCAGAAGUUGCCUAAUGUCCUGUGUCACGUUAAAGUCCGAGACAACAGCAAUGUCUCCAAAGAUGAGUGGGAAUGGAUCCAAACACUUUCUGGCUCAGAAUCUGUGGAAAGUAUGGAUCAUACUUCAGACUGCCCUACUCAAUUGUUCUUGUAUGAGCUCCAGAUGGCAGUGAAAGCUCUCCUUAAACAGAUCAAUCUACCUCUGCAUCAGGCUAAGCACUUCCGUCUGUACACACAGGAGGUGUUGGAACUGGGUCACAAUGUCUCCUUUCUUCUCCUGCUCCCUGCCUCAGACGACGUCUGCACUGCCCCAGGACAGAAUAAUCCUUACACCCCACACUCAGGAUUUCUUAACCUCCCUCUUCAGAUGUUUGAACUCGUUCAUUUUUGCUGUUACAAGGAAAAAUUUCUAAGCCUGUAUUGCCGCCUCUCUGCUGUCAUAGAGCUGGACUCUCUGAAAACCCAGCAGUCCCUGAGGGAAGCAAUUUCAGACAGUGAAGUCGCUGCAGCCAAACAAAGACACCAGCAAGUUAUGGACUACAUACAGCAAAUUGAUGAGAUCUGGAGGGAGAUGAGAUGGAUCACAGAAGCACUGCAGUAUGCACGAUACAAACAGCCAGCAGCUGGCCUGCCCAUUAAGAAGCUUGUGGACCUUUCAGAAGUACACUCUCAGAAGAAGAUCAGCUCAACCUCUUCACAUCUUGAUUGUCUUCCUUCACCUCCCCCUUCACCCGAGGCCAGAAUCCAGAGGAGAAAAGCUGUGAGUGAUUCCCAGCCCUGCUCAGACGAAGAAGGUUGCUCUGAAGUGUUCCUUCCUACCGACAGUGACUAUGACUCCAGCGAUGCACUAAGCCCCAGAGAACUCGAUCUGCUCUACUCCUCCUCCCAUGACAUCAGCCAGCAGGCAGGCAGUGGCCUGGGUGGCAGUGCCCCUGAUGUUCUCCAAAUCCAUGACAUGAAGCCUUGCCUGACGCUGAAAGAAGGGGUGACAGAGUGUGGCACCUGUGAAGCCAACACUGAGUGUUGCACUGAGUCUGUGAGCAACCUAACCCUGGCAGGGCUGACAUCCAGAAGCACAGACAAGUCCUCCAGCUCCAAGCAGCCACUGGGCUUUUUGGGAAAAAAAAAGCUGGGGAAACAUCAACACUACAACUACUUCAGCCGGCAGCACCGCUGGAUGCGUGUGCACAGCGAGACGCAGGCUGGCUCCCUGUCCGAGGGGGUCUACACCCAGCACCUCAUCAGAUCUUCAGAUCUGUCUCCAGAACCUACCUCUCGUGAGCAGCUAAAGAUUCCCCUCGAUGGGACUCAGAGCACUUUCUUACCUCAUGCAUCCAGCCUUCCAGAGGAUGGGAAAGGCAAGUAUGAGGAAUCAAGGCCGGACAUCCACAGGAUACAGGUGGAGCCUUACAAAACAUUUCUGGAUGAAGAGGGCAAAUCCUGGGCCAUGAGCACACAGUCUGUAGAAGACAGGGAUGUGCACAGUGCUAUGCAACAGAGAACAGGUCCAGAUGACCAGGCAGGUUCUGCUCUCUCAGAAGUCUUCAGCAGCACUCUUUAACCCCAUGGCAAGACAGGGAGCACCAUGCACACAGGGCUGUGCUUUCAAAACCACUGCUAAAGCUCCAGCUCCUGAAAUGACAACUCCUGCCACCCAGGGGAUCCUCACCUUUUGUCUUCAUCCCCAAAUUUCUGCUCUUACAGGGGUAUGUCAUGAUACAAGCGUUGGUAUUGGCAUUUGCAGUUUGGCAGUGGAGUCCUCACAGUCACCACCCAACAGAACAAUUCUGUGCCUGCAAAUCUGCUUGCCAGGGUUUGCAGUUCUCUUGAUGUCCACACUACUCUGAGCA